UGGGGGCUGUGUAUAAGGAGACACCUUGUCCUAGGAAUAUGCCAGCAUCACAGCACAGGUGCUCGUGAGAAUUGUAGUAGAAUGGCACCUAACAACAGUUUUAUAGAAAACAGAGGUUAUGUUCCACACUACGCAAAAGAUGAAGACCCCUUCUCAUCCAAACUCUCCUGGGAAGCUGAUGUUGUAGCCGGCAUUUACCUUACAGUGAUUGGUGUGCUUUCAACCCUGGGAAAUGGUUACGUCUUAUAUAUGGCUUUCAAAAAGAAGAAAAAGUUACGGCCAGCGGAGAUAAUGACAAUAAAUCUGGCGGUAUGCGACCUGGGAAUUUCAGUCUCCGGGAAGCCCUUCUGCAUUGUGUCCUUCUUCAGUCACCGCUGGGUUUUUGGUUGGACGCUUUGCCGGUGCUAUGGGUGGAUUGGAUUUUUUUUUGGCACGGGCAGUCUUAUUACAUUGACUGUCGUAAGUUUGGACAGGUACCUGAAAAUCUGCCAUAUGAGAUACGGCACCUGGUUGAAAAGACAUCAUGCUUUUAUUAGUUUAAUGUUCAUCUGGUCCUACGCUUCCUUAUGGGCCACCUUACCGCUGGUGGGAGUUGGGAACUACGCUCCAGAACCCUUUGGGACAUCUUGCACGUUGGAUUGGUGGCUGGCCCAGUCUUCCCUGAGUGGAAAAGUUUUUGUGAUCACAAUACUGUUUGCCUGCCUUAUUUUACCCGCAUCAAUAAUAGUAUUUUCGUAUGCAAAGAUUAUUGCCAAAGUAAAAUCUUCCGCCAAAGAAAUUGCUCACUUUGAUACCAGAAAUCAAAAAAACCAUAAGCUGGAGAUAAAACUGACCAAGGUGGCGAUGUUGAUCUGCGCGGGCUUCCUGUUUGCGUGGAUUCCGUACGCAGUGGUGUCCGUAUGGUCAGCGUUUGGACGGCCGGAUUCAGUUCCAAUUAAAGUUUCGGUGAUACCGACUUUGCUUGCGAAAUCAGCAGCUAUGUACAAUCCAAUUAUUUACCAAGUCAUAGACUACAAAAGCACAUGCUGCAGACCUAAAAAAUCCCUGCAGAAAGCACAUUCCAGGGUCUACACAAUCCCUCCAGGUGAAUGAACCUUCGGCGGCGAUGAAGAGAGAGACACAUUGUUCAAUGAUUGAUUAUUUGCUCAAGGAGCGUCAAUAAGAGGAAUCCUGUGUACUUUAAACAAAUGUUUAUUUUACUAUGUUUUUUUUACAUUUGAAACACUUUUUCUGAAGAAGAAGAAAAACAGAAUCCCCGAAACAGAUUCUGGAAACGUAGCUUCACUGUGAUUUGUCAUUGGAUUAUGCGAUACAAAGAAAAAGUAUUAAUGUUGUGUUUUAUCAACAUAAAAAUCUUGCACUAAUUUAUCUGUUUUUAUGGUGAGAAAGAAAGAAUGUCCAUAUGUUAUUUAACCCAUAGCACUAAACAUUAGCGACUAAAGCUUUGGUAUGAUAUAAA